AUGGCGAGAUCAAAGGAAGAGCUUAUUGCGGAUAGUGUUGGUGCUCAUGUUGCAUGUCUAAAGGACAAACAUAAAUGCUAUGAAAGAUAUCAUGAACAUAGUGAUGCAUGGGAAAAAGAUGAUGAUGAUGAUGAUGAUGAUGCAUGGAUAAAUAAACACAGAGAGUGGGAAAUAAAUAUUGUAUUAAUGAAGGGUAUUCUGAAUAAGCGUGCCUUUGGGCACUGUUUGGUUCCUCCACAACAAGAUAAAGGGCAAAGAUCUUCAGCUUUUCAAAAUCCAAGGAAAGUGAGUGAGUGA